AUGGGACAGAUUUCUAGAGAAAAAUUGUUUUGGGUUAUAGAUUCGCGCUCUUAUUUUGGGCCGGACUUGCUCGGCAAAUGGUGGGGGCCACCAAACCAGGCAAGUUCAAAAGCAGAUCGAGCCCCCAAAGCUGAUGACAUAAGAGCAGCUCCAGCGCUGCUAUCAAACUGGGCAAAAGGCCCCCCGGGCAAGCCCAAUACAGCUCCAGCGCACCACUUGCAGCCCGGGCAAGCUCUGGGUCCCACCAGCCCGGGCAAGCUCAAGGGCAGAUUUUGCCUGGACUUCAGCCCGAGGGCGCUGACGUCAGCGCUGGUGUUAUGCUGA